AUGCAGGCAGGAGCAUCUGGUCCCGCGCAGGGCUCCAUGUUAGCAUCUCCCUCCUCCGGCUCUAUCCAGUCGCUAUCGCAUGACCCGUCACGCGGUAAUAACAACCACGUUAUGAUGCUCAUCGCCGCUUUAACCUCGGUGCUGCGUCUGCCCCGAGCAGGAAACGCCGCACCGGCAAGGGCAAGGGGGGGAAGGGCGCUGGAGGGGCUGGCGGGGGCGGUGGAGGUGGUGGUGGAGGCAGUGGAGGUAGUGGGGGUGGUGGUGGGAGUGGUGCUGGGGUUGGUGGCGGCGGCGCCAGCAGUGGAGGCGGCGGAGGCAAUGGUGGUGGCGGAGGGAGCGCAAGCGGCGGAGGUGGCGGAGGAGGUGGAGGUGGAGGAGGAGGCGGAGGUGGAGGAGGCGGCGGAGGCGGCGGCGGCGGCGGCGGUGGUGGAGCGGGUCGCGACUCUGCGCAGAGGAGUGGCUCAGGUUGUGGUCCGCGACAGCAGCAGCGGAGUGGUGUGA